CGCUGGGGGGCGGGGGGGCGGGCCCCGGUGAUGGCGGAAGCGGAGGCCAAGAUGAAGCAGUUUAAUGGUGGCGGCGGGGCCGGGCUGGACGCCGAGCGCGGCCGCUUUCCUUACUGCGUGGUGUGGACGCCCAUCCCCGUCCUGACAUGGCUCUUCCCGAUCAUUGGCCACAUGGGGAUCUGCACGUCGACUGGAGUCAUUCGGGACUUUGCGGGGCCGUACUUUGUCUCAGAAGACAACAUGGCAUUCGGGAAGCCAGUGAAGUACUGGAAGCUGGAUCCCAGCAAAGUAUAUUCCACUAGUCCCAAUGCCUGGGACACAGCUGUACACGAUGCCUCGGAGGAGUACAAGCACCGAAUGCACAACCUUUGCUGUGAUAACUGCCAUUCCCAUGUGGCUCUGGCCUUAAACUUGAUGAAAUACGAUAACAGCACCUCCUGGAACAUGGUGAAACUCUGCUUCUUCUCACUCCUAUAUGGGAAGUAUGUAAGCAUAGGGGGAUUUGUGAAGACCUGGCUUCCCUUUGUCCUCUUCUUGGGGGUCAUCAUGACCGUUGUUCUCACACUUCAUUUGCGGUGAUGGCAGAUGUGAACUCCCCAUUCCAUGGGCACACGAAGGAAGAAACUGUGACUGUGACUGAUCCAGUGAGAUGGCAGCAUGGGACUCUGGGAUGCGUUUUCUGGGGAAGGUGGCAACUCCACUCCAUUGUAGCAGCUCAUCUUUGUUUCCUGGAACUGGCUUCUUUUCCUUCUGUUUUUGUUCUGUCGAUGGUGUCUCCCAGUGUCAGGGGUCUUGAAGCCUCUUGCUCUCUCCCUGAAUAUACUCCCUUUCUGCAAUUUGGUAGGUAGACACCCAAUCAGGAAAGGAGAGGUGUCGCACCUUUGCUUUCAGUGCCAAGUGAAAAGCCACAAGGAGCACGAGCAGAUAACACCUUGUAAGGUUCUCUCUGAUCACCUGGUUUCUUCCUCUUGGCAGAGUUCAUCAGCUGCUUCCUCAGAUUUCCCGAAUCUCCAAGAAGGAGUUGUUUCCCCGUUGCACGACUCUCCUGUAGCACAUGUUUCAAAGUGGAGGUGUGGGGUUCCUCUGGGGGAUGUGGAGUGCCGCAGCACUCACGGAUGGUCUCCCCAGAAGUGACAGAAAGGCGCUGACGGCGGGAUGCUCCUCUGAGGAGGCGCACAGAGGAACGCUCUGUGGCAGGGCAAAUUCAGCUGGUCCUGCUGGUGAGCCCAGGAAGGCAGGAAAGUCCAUCGAGUGGCUUGGGUAUGGCGCAUGGCAGUCUUUCAGUAGCCUGUUGCAGAGUUGGGAGUCUACUGCUACGUCCCUUUUAGCUUGUGCCAGAAAAAAUAGAGCUUCUCCCUGUGCUCUGAAUAUCUAAAAUUAUUGUUACGCUUCUCACGAGCCACUCACUUUCCUUUGAUCCUUAGUACUUUGUGUGUCGCAGCAUUGGUGAGCCUGCAGAGGUGGCAGCAGCAGCAGGGACACAUUUCUGGGGCAGAAGACUUAAGGUAGGGGUUUGAAAGCAUCCAUGAGAGCAGCACCUGAGACCUCAGCUUAGCGGGGCUGUCAGAGAUUAAAAGAUAAGGUGAAGGGACUGGAAAGCAUCCAUGUUCUGGUUGGGCUUUGCAGCAGCAAACUGGGACACUGGCUUUCUUGUCGCUGGCUCCAGGAUGGUCAACAGAAGGUCUGUGUACUUCCUUGGCGUGCUUUGAAGAGCACACCUGGGGCAAAAGCACUUUGCAGGACUGGCUUGGAUGUGAGAAAUGCUGGCCUGGCAGCGCUGGGGGGGGCUGAUGGCCCCUCUGAGCCCUGGAUCGGGCAGGAUGAGUAGCAUGGGGGCAGGUUGUUUUUGAGUUCCAGGCAGGAAGUGAAUUUGGACAUGACCCAGAGCCUCUUGCAGAGCGAGAGGUCUGGGUCUGUGUGUGCUGAGGCUCUGGCCUGCAGAUGCUGCUUUCUCUGGGGCUCUGAGCCAGGUGGCUUUCUUUAAAAAGCAUGGCUGAAGGUUUAUAUGCAGUUGAGCAGAUCCCUUCUGACUGCAGGGGCGGGAGAGUAGAUUUUCCACUCAUGCCCUGAAAGGCCAGCUCUUUACUCCACUACCUGAUGGAUUUCAACCUCAAGGAGUGCUCGUGGCCAGCAAGAAGGCUCUUCUCGACUGCCUGCCAUCUCUCUGGCUCCCUCUGACUGGGAAGGCCAUUCACUGUCACCUGGCUCUCAGGCCUGUCCCCGUGUGCCUCUCCAUCCGCUUCCAUCUCUAGCCAUACGGGAGGCUUGGGGACUCCUCUUGGGCUCCUCAAUUUCUGCAUUUCCUCCUUUUCCUCAGUCACUUAACCCCUUUAACCCUCCCUUCUCCCUAGUGUCCACUUGCCUCUGUCACCUGGUGCUGGCCUUUCUGGGAUGGGUGGAGAUGUGCAGACCUCAGUGCCCUUCCCCGUCUACCUGGAACUGAAAUAGUCGUCGGUGUCUGCUCUGCACAAUCAUCUCAAGCCUGUGUGGAGGGCGGGCUGCAGGGUGCUGGGCCUGGGGCUGAUUAGAAAGCCAAGAUCUUGAUCAAAGAGAACCUUACGAUGAAAGGAUGGUGUCUUACCGAGCUCCUCUGUGCUGCUGCGGUCUCCACCCGGCUAGCCUGCUGGCUAACGUGCCCUAGGACAAGCCAGUUGAACAGGAGAGAUUAGUCUUUUGCCUCUGUUUUUAAUUUAAGUAUGAUUUCUCGGAGUGACCCGCCAAGGAUGCGCUUGGAGUCCCUGGCCCCAGGGCUGAAGCCAACCUGUCUUACACAGUAGCAAUAACCUAGAGACUCCUAGGCCUGUCUCACACGUUGAUUCAGUGUUUUAUCGACAAGCUAUACAAGUGUUGCCAAAGCUGAGACUUCAAUUUGUCGGGAGAGGCCGGGAGCGGGGCUGCUGGCCACUGUCCCUGCUCCUGGGACUUCUGAGAACAUGCCGAGUGCCAUUCCCCACCGUGAAAAUCCUUGUCGUUUGCUCCUAACGCUUUUUUCACCAGAUCUGGGUUUCGAAUGGACACUUUACCAUGAGCAGCAGGUGAGCCUCGUAAGUUGCUUGGAGUUCUGGCUGAACAGCCGACCCGCUUCCACCGACGGAGACGGAAGACUGCUCCGGGCAUCCGAAGGAAACGCGGCUAACGGGAGAGCAAGGCCCGAAGCUGAGGUACGGCAGGGCCAGCCCGCACGUCCGUGCUGGACACUCGGAGCUGCACAACGCAGGAUGAUGCCCACGGAGGUCGGCUGCUGGGCGAGGCGGGUGGGCUGGUCACGUUUACAGGUUUUCCUACGCUGUGGGAGUGCGGAGGAAGCCCGGCGGUGCUCGGCGUGGGUUCCCCGUGGCGCUGCAGCCAGCGGCUGCGGUCGGUGGGGGGGGGGGGGGGAGUGGGCUGCUUCCUCUUGGCGUGGGAGGUGGCAGAAUGGGUGGGUGGGGAAGGAAUGUCCUCUCCUUGCAGCUUCCUUCAUCUCGCCACCGGCUUCUUCGCAGUGCCCCCUUCAACCAGCCACAUCAAAGGUCCACCCUGUCCUUCACCUCCCAGAUGCCAGUUUUCCGCUCCCCUCCUUUCCCCUUUGCACGUGCUUGUGCUGCAGAGCUCCGUGGCUUUGCCGUUGCUCUCUGGCGAGGGCGAGCCCUCCGUACCCUCAUCCUUUGUUCUCUUCAUCUCUGUGGGGCGCUGGAUUACUUUGUAAAUAUUUAAACUGUGCUUCUGUGGUUUCAUAAUCCUGACGGUAGGGGAAAUAAACUUAUUUCUGUGGAUGUC